AUGUCUCAAACCCACCUGGACUUCAGCAGCGACGGAGGAGAUGACGAUUGCUCCACAGCCCGUAGCCCGUAUCCCUUUACUCCCACGAAUGCAAGCAGUCCUGGGACAGACUUCAUAAGUCCGUUAAUUACCAAGCAGCCCAACAACUCUAUCAGCGACACUACCGCACAUCAGUCCACCCCUCAGGUUGAGUCCGCCCCUCAAGAAACGAUCGAUGACGAUGACGACGACGAUGACGGAGAUCCCUCAACGGCGGUAUGGCACUCGACUUGUAGCAUGAGAAGCGGCACUAAGAUCCACCACUCCAUCAUCGCGACUGAUGGUCGACCACUGCCGGACAUUGACUGGAGUACCAACCUGUCAGGCAUUGAUUUGAGUCGACUUAGCCCUGAACUGAAUAUGGCAAGGGUGCUUGCUGGUCCACAGCUCAUUGCCCAUAUUAAUACACUUCCAUUUCCUGAAAGAAAGAAUUUCGUCAAGAACCAGCUCUCUAGCCAUAAGCUGAAUGAAUUUGUGGCCACUUUCUCGCCACUCGAGGAACAAGGCUAUCGACGGUUGGGCUUGAUCCCGGGUGAGCUCCCUCAACGAGCAAACCCAAAGAGUGGAUGGCCAAUGCCACAGUGUUCGACUGGAGAACAAGGUCCCUCACUUCUGCAGCCCGGACAACUAGAUGUCAAGGACCCGGUUGCUGCGUCACAUCGAAUCCUCGACGCGAUGGACUCCUCGAUUGCCACUUAG